AGUUCUCAUGGUGCGUUCUUUCUUCGUGAUUUCUCUCUUUCUAUAGCGUUGCUCCAGUUUUUUCGUUUCUUUUCCUGCGGCUUCUUUCUCGGUAUCGGUGCGCGUUUCUCUCGGACGCGCGAAGAAUCGAUCAAGAUCUCUUUUUUCACAAAUCUCAUCCUCGACGAAAUUUUGCACAAUGAGUGCUAACAUCCUGAUCAGAAUUUGUGGACCAAAGGUUCUGCGCGCCGCGAUGACCGAGCAGAAAUCAUGGAUUACUAUCAGCAGGUGCCUUAGCACCACAAUGUCGCGCUCUAUAUUAAAGGAUUCGCCAAAUGCGGCGUUAGAUAAAACUUUGCUGAAAAAGUAUCUCGACUUGCCACAACCUGAAGAUGCGAUUCAGGCGAAAUACAUUUGGAUCGAUGGAACUGGUGAAGGAUUACGAUGCAAAACUAGAACUCUUGAUUUCGUGCCGAAACAUCCCUCCGAAUUGCCGACGUGGACGUACGAUGGCAGCUCAACGUACCAAGCCGAUGGUGUGAAUAGUGACGUAUUCCUCUAUCCCGUGGCCAUUUACAACGAUCCCUUCCGUCGUGGUAAUAACAAACUUGUGCUCUGCGACACCUACUGCAGUGAUAAGACGCCGACAAAGUCGAACAAGCGGUACCGUGCGAACCUGGCGAUGGAAACCGUCAAGGAGCAGGAUCCUUGGUUCGGUAUCGAGCAGGAGUACACUCUCCUGGACUUUGACGGCAGGCCGCUCGGUUGGCCGAAAAACGGCUUCCCAGGCCCGCAGGGUCCUUACUACUGCGGCGUCGGAGCUGACAAGGUAAUCGGUCGCGAGAUCGUCGAGGCCCAUUACAGGGCCUGUCUCUACGCCGGCGUUAAGAUCGCAGGAACCAAUGCCGAAGUGAUGCCCUCGCAAUGGGAGUUCCAGGUGGGACCGUGCUUGGGCAUUAACGCCGGUGAUGAUUUGUGGAUUGCCCGAUUUAUUUUACAUCACGUCGCCGAGGAAUAUGGUGUAAUCGUCACUCUGGACCCGAAACCAGUGGAUGGCACAUGGAACGGCGCCGGUGCUCACACCAACUUUUCGACAAAGGCGAUGCGUAACGAGAAUGGAAUCGCCGAGAUCGAGAAGGCGAUCGAUAAGCUUAGCAAGCAACACCUUAGGCACAUUCAGGCGUACGAUCCGCGCGGAGGAAAGGACAACGAACGUAGAUUGACCGGCAAAUGCGAGACCAGUAAUAUUCACGAUUUUAGCGCCGGCGUAGCCAACCGAAACGUCAGCAUCCGCAUCCCUCGUGGUGUUGCCGAAGAAAAGAAGGGCUAUCUGGAAGACAGGAGGCCCAGCAGCAACUGCGAUCCCUAUUCCGUCUGUGACGCUCUGAUUCGCACCUGCGUGCUGAACGAAUAAUAAACGUCGAAGGCAACGAAAGCGCGUGCGAGAGACACAUUGUGGAGAAGAAGCGCAACGGGCCGACACGCACACACCCGCAUACACCUGGAGCGUACAAUUAUUUCUAGAAUUUGCAGAACUCUGUCUACAUCUCUAUUCGGAACAGUAGUUAAGCUAAACUUGGUGGCGGGGUACAAGUAACAAAACUUAAUAACAUUCAAAAAUCCAAGUGUAUCGAUCGGAAUGCUUCAUUUCCAAUUCCACGAAGACUAUAAUGUUGAGUCUUUUUCGGCAAUGGGAUUUCGUUUGGAACUGCUAACUUUCACAGCUCACAUUAUGCCUUCGCUAUAAACUACGCGAGUCUGCAUUGCAUGUUUAGUUCUCUGACUUUUGCGCAAAUCGGACAAAAUUAAUAUUAUAGAUUAAUUUGGUUCUCUUUCACUGUUUAUACUAUAGAUAGGACAUUAUCGUCUAGAGAAAGAGAGAGAAAGAGAGAGAAAGAGAGAGAGAGAAAGAGAAGAAGGGGGGCAGCCGAUUAUUAAGUCGCGAUUAAUUUAUUCGGAUUGUCGAUGCGACUUGGCCAUAUUCAUCAAUCGAGAUAUUAAUGUUAGAUAAUCUUAAGACGAGCUUGUAAUUGUAAAUGCAAAGUAUAAGUUACUUUUUAAGUUAUCGCAUUAAAUCCCUUCCUGGAAGGCUGGAAAGCUCGUUUUUUAUACAUUUUAUAAUAUCGACAGCACAAAAACAAGUAAGAUAAAUGAAGAACAAAUUUAGAAUUACGUUAUCUGAAAAUAGAAUAAAUGUGUAACCAUCAGGUUGUCUGAAAGUAGUUUUAGAAUGAGUAACGAAUUUACAAAAAAAACUCGUUAUAUGCAACAUCGACUCAUUCAUCGACUUUUUUCAUCUUUUGCAUCAUGCAAGUGAAAUUCUGUAAACGAGAAAUCUCUUCGUAAGAACUGCAAAAAAAUUAUAAUCUUCAUAAAACACUAAAAAAUAAGAUAAUUAUGUAAUUAUGAAAAACAUUGCAGUUAAAUUUUUUUGUAUCUCUUAUAUAAUAAGUGAGAUUUUUCGUUUAUACAAUUUUUGAUAAUGCAGGCAUGACCAUUAUGAGCGCUAGGAUUUUGGAUUUUAAAUAUGAAUUUAGAUGCACUAGUGCACAAUUAUAUGCAUGUCGUAAUUAUUAUGCAAUUUGUAGGAUAGCAUUUAUAAAAAAAGUAUAAAAUAACGAAUGAUGUAAUGAUGUAAGGCGACAAAGCUAUUUAACGAUAAAAUAUUUUGGUUUUAUAUUAAUUAUGAAAACGUUAAACGAAUUUUAAAAACAAGAUGAUCUUUGUGAAUCGUGUUCCUAAUGAUCAAUUUAAAUCUUGCGACUAUAAAUGCGACCACCGAUUUUAAGGUUUACUUGUUCGAUAUGAAGAUCGCGCAUCAAUCCUUGUUGAAACGAGGAAACAAAUCCAUUUUAGCCAAAUUUGUCGACUAUCCGAUUCUUAAGUGCAUGCAUAAAAAUCAUGUUUCAUAUAGUCACUCAUCAAGAAGCAAACAAUAUCGUUUAGAUGCAUGCGGCCUAAAAUCCGAAUUUCGGCGACAGUAAAAUCCGAACAAGUUAUUUAAGAAUAAAUGAGCAUCCAACAGCUUCCAUCAAAAUAGAUGUUAUGCUAAAAUGCAUGUUUUUAUUGCGGAACUGAUAUUACGAAUCGUAUGCAACGUGUGUUCCGCAUAGUUCGAGAACAUCGAGAACCUUUAAAUGAGAAACUAAAUCGGCCAUCGAUGCCAUCCAAUUUCGUUAUCGAGUCAAAUAAAAGCGUCGAUCAUGAAAUGUUUUUGAAUGUCUGUAAGUGAUUGAUAAAGGGAGAACGAAAUUUUUCGAGUUUUUACGAUCGCGGAUGUAAAAUCAGAAAACUAGUAGAUUACUGACAAUGUAUUAUGAUGUAAGUAGUAUGUACAUAAAAAUGUAUUCUUAGGGAUGUAUGAGAAAUCAUUAAGGGUGUGAUAAUCGAUCGCGAGAGGAUCGAUUCGCGACUUGCUUUCUUGCACGCAAUGCGCGAAAAUAUCGCGCGAGUAGUAUGCCUAGCAAAUAUCUAAAAGUUAGAGUGCAAUUAAUACGUAUAAGAAAAUUUAUUAUUUCAUAUUUCGUAAAUAUAAGAUAAGAUUAGAUUUUACAAAAUUUGAAAAAUGCGCGAUAUCUCUGAAGAAAGAAGAAAGAAAGAAAAUAUGUCAACUAUUGCCAAAGCGAGAAUCUUCUCGAGGGCGUGAUUAACGUUGACAGUUAAAUUUUAGAAAAUUAUAAGGUCAUAUUAUAAUAUUGUUAAAUAAAGAAAAUUUAUCUUUCCAUUA